AUGUCAACUUUAGGAAAUACCUCUGGCUAUAAACCGUCUGUUAGUGAGGUAUCAAGCAAUACAACUUCGAAAGACAGCUUGACUUCAGAAAAAACAGCAAGCUCUAUUGAGAUAUCAACCAAUCCAACUUUUCAACUUUUGAAAUCUAAUGAUGCUCUGACAAAAUUUCGAGAAUUAUGGUGGAAUCAGGGUAAUAUUCAUCCAAGUGCAAGAUGGGAAGAAGCUUCUGAUGUUAGUUGGGAGAAAUAUGCUGAACGAACUGAUAUGUUUAGUGUGCAUGGAAAUUGGGAGUGGGUAGAUAGAAAAGUUUAUGUCUAUGACCUACCAUUAGGACCUCACUGUACUUGUUCUUGUGCGAUUAUAAGGGAGAUUAUUUUGAAAGAUCCAGAAAAAACAAUGGUUAUGUAUGGAUCUGUUAGUACAAGAGCAGAUGGUAUGGGUAAAGAAGCAGACGGAUCUGUUAUACCAAGGGGCAAACCUUAUGUAAAUUCAAAUGGAGUGAGGCAUAAACCAUGGCCAAAUCUCAUAAUAGAAGUAGCCUCCUUGGAAACUGAAGAACAUUUAUUAAAUGUAGUAAAAAAUUAUUGGCUCUACCCGAAUAGAGCUCAUGAUGUAAUUGCAAUAAAAUUAAUACGAUCUGAUACGAUUAUUUCAAGAAUGAAAGCAUGGCAUUAUUGCAUAGACAAUAGGGAAUUAACAGGAGAAUUAAUACCUGUUACAGAAUUUGAAUUUGAAACCAUUAAUGAUGAAAACCAAAUUAUUAUUCAACCUCAACAAUUUACUAUUAAUAUUAAAACAGAAUGCAUUUUUCAUGGAAUGCCAACUGAUUUUCACAUACCUACAUCAAUAUCCAAUCCUCUUACUAUAGAUCUUUAUUACGUUUUACUUAACAUGGAAGAAGAACUUAUUUUAUAA